UGUAGGUUGUGACAUUUUUCCAAAAUGGCACCGGGUAUUAGCAGCAGUUUUGUAGUGUUUAUUUGUUUUAUUCCUCAGACGAUCGCGAUGAUAGAAGGACUAUACUGUGGUCUUGAAAAUUGCUAUGAAAUACUUGAAACUGUUGAUAGAGAUUCUACAAAGGCAGAUAUAACUCAAGCUUACAGAAAGUUAGCACGCAAAUGGCAUCCAGACAUGCACAAGACGAAGGCAAAAAAAGAAGAAGCAGAACAAAUGUUUACCACGAUAGCCAAUGCAUACGAGAUUUUACGAGACGAAGAGCAGAGAUCAGAUUAUGAUUACAUGUUGGACCAUCCUGAUGAGUAUCUGUCCAACUACUACAACUACUACAGACGUCGCUUUGCUCCUAAAGUUGAUCCCCGUAUCGUUGUGGUCGUCACAAUAACCAUUAUAUCUAUAAUUCAGUACUGGGCUGCUUGGAAUAACUACAACACUGCUAUCACCUACCUCAGUAAAGAACCUAAAUAUAGAUUUCGAGCUCAGGAGAUUAUUAAACAAGAAAAGCUAUCAAAUAGUACAAACAAGAAAAAGGAUCGUCGAAAUAAGGAGUUGAUACGAGAAGAAGAAGAGGCCAUUAUUAGAAAAGUUAUAGAAGAAAAAAUGGACAUCAGGGGUGCCUAUCAGAAACCGACUGUAUAUGACGUGCUGUGGCUACAGAUCCUCCUGCUUCCUUACACCUUGUACAAGUACGUCGCGUCCUGCAUAGAUUGGACGUGGAGAUACAGAAUUAAAAAGAAGGAAUACGAUCUUGCAGCCAAACAUUACCUUAUUCGCAGAAACCUGAAAAUAAGUGAAGGACAAUUUGAUGCAUUACCAGACCAUGAAAAGGAAGAUCACUUAUUAAGAGAGCUUUGGAUAAAGGAAAAAUUUCAGGUAUGGAAAACAGCAAAGGAGGAGGAAAUGAAAAUUAAAAUGGCAGAAAGUGCUAGAUAUAAAAGUUAUCGUCGCUACAUGAAGAAAGGAGGACCUGGACAAAUGUCGUUUGGCCCCGAGUGACAUGUUUGGUGGAGUCACAACACUAACUGUUGCUAGAGCUAAUACCAAAUAAAAGAUAAAUUACCAA